CAGAAAAUAGCAAUUGUUGUACAUCCCUUUCAUGCGAGAACAUCCGCUGACUCCGCUGACAUAAUGGCAUGUCAGGGUUGGGAGAUAUUGACGGUGUUGGAGUAGACAAUGGUGAGUUGUUCACUAACAUGACGCCUUGGAUUGUGUGGCAGUAGUGACCCGUACAGACCCUCGACCUUGCAGCGAAGUAGACCGCCUAUGCUCUUGAGGGGAAUCGAAGGGUCUUCUUUUCUUGGUGUAGCACCUGUUGCCGCUGACAUCAUUGUGACGUGUUUCUCAUGAACUGUAUCUCGAAAGAUAAUCAGAUUUUAAGUAUCACCUACACGAUCAUUGCUAACUGAUAUCAUUAACACUGACAACGACACUGUGAUAACAUUGGAUUCAGUCAGGUAUAAAAACCAACCAUGGGAUGCGUCCAAAGUCAGCCAUCGAAAGAAGACUCUGUGGAGGCGCUGUCGUACCAUCAACGUUUCCGCAAGGUCAACAACGACGUCUCCGAAAAUGAAGCUGCUCAAAACGUUGCAAUGAAGUAUGCCAAGGACAUAAGUUCCAACAGCAUGGAGAACUUGAACAAGAAGCCAGUCAACACUUCCAGGAACGUGUGGGUGGACUGCCCUCAAAGAGUUUCACCUACUAAGAAUCACGACAGGAUGAUCCGCUCUAGAUUCCCACUGUGGAAGAAAUACGAGAAGUGUACGUUCUGUGUCAAGGAAGACCGUAGGAGGUCGAGUUGUGAUGAUGACUUCAUUAAGAUCACUCGCCAGAGGCCUGGGAAGGAACCCCUGUGCAAGAGAUGUUCCAAGGAUAGUCUGGUGCUGAAGCCCAACAACAACCGCCAGUCCCACGGUAUCGAGUCCCUCAAUGUGGCUUCUUUUGCCAACCUGCUUGCACUGACCGCCCUAGAUCUAACGGCACCCGCCAGUGAUGCCAUUCUCAAGAACAGGAAGAACUCGUGGAUACAGGUGGCAGGACACCCAGGAUCAUUCGCCCCCGCUGGUCCAAACACAAUCUGGAAGAAGAGAAUGGCAAAAGAAAACCACGAGACCAAGGCAUAUGAAGCCCUGAUGGACGAUCCCAUUACAGAGCCGAUCAUCCCAUUCUUCAGCAGGGAGGUCGAAUACAACGGAGAGUUCUUCAUUGAGAUGGAGGACCUCCUACAUCGAUUCAUUGACCCCAAUAUAAUGGACGUCAAGAUGGGAAAAAGGACGUUCCUGGAGUCGGAGGUAAAGAACCCAGUGCUGAGGAAGGAUCUGUACGAGAAGAUGGUGAAGCUGGAUCCUGAUGCUCCUACACCAGCGGAGCGGGAGCAGGAGGCCAUCACUAAACUCAGAUACAUGCAGUUCAGGGAACGAGAAAGUUCAACUGCUGACCUUGGUUUCCGGAUAGAGGCAGUGCGGAUGACGGGCGCAAACACCAACACAAACUUGAAGAAGGUGAAGACUUCAGACCAGGUCAAGGACACGAUCACCAAGUUCAUACACAGCUGUCCCUCGACCAUCAAGGCAAUGUGUGCUCGUUUAAAAGAUAUCCGAGACAGAUUUGAAAGGUCCAACUUUUUCAGGACACACGAGGUUGUCGGGGGUUCGCUGUUAUUUCUCUACGACAAGCAAGGACAUGCGGGGAUCUGGAUGAUAGACUUUGCUAAAACCAUUCCUGUAGAGGCCAAAAUGACUUUAAAUCAUCGAUCACCAUGGCAACUGGGAAACCAUGAGGAUGGUUUUCUGUCAGGCCUGGAUAAUUUAAUUGAGAUUUUUGAUGAACUGGAAGCAAGUCAAAAGAGUGAAAUUGUUCUUCACUCUCGAGAUACUUGAGGCGGACAGAGUUGCCUCCCCUUGCGGAGCGAAGUUUUUAUGAAGGCGUGCCUUGCACGUGGAGAACGUUCCUGGUCUGAUUGUCAUGCGCAGAACAGGCAACAGAUUUAAAAGAAGUGCUGUUUUUCGCCAGAUUUGGGUGCUGUUUUGAUUGUUUGGAUUCCAAGGAAAUCCAGGACUUUAAAAGUGAGAUAAAAAAUCACAUUGUUCAGUUUUUCAACAUCACUGAUCGACAAAGACGGUGGACUGGGAUACCUUCCUCAUCCAUUCAGGGUGGAUGAAGACGACAAGUUGUGACACGACGUGGAAUGAACUCAUUGUAAUCAUCAAACCAUUCUCUGUGAUAGCGUUUCAUCACUGUUGAGUAUAUUCGUGUAUCUUAGGGCAGUUUCUAAUAAUGUACGUACGGUACGUAUGCAUGACGCUGUGUCUUGAGCAGAGGCAACAAUGUGCUCCAAGUAUGCAGUACGUUGUGUCUUGAGCAGAGGCAACAAUGUGUUCCAAGUAUGCAGUACGCUGUGUCUUGAGCAGAGGCAACAAUAUGCUCCAAGUAUGCAGUACGCUGUGUCUUGAGCAGGGGCAACAAUAUGCUCCAAGUAUGCAGUACGCUGUGUCUUGAGCAGAGGCAACAAUGUGCUCCAAGUAAAGAUAUUUUUAAAAUUUCAGUUUUUAAAUAAGAUCAGUACUUUCAGUUGGCCAUCCACUUUAUCUGGCAAUGAUAUUUUUAUGGUAUUUUAAAAUAUUCUCGUUUGAACCCUUAACUGAUUAACUGUUUUUAAUCGUUGAAAAUACGCUUGUCUCCUGAAUCAAACACCUCAUUACCUCGUACACUGUAUGUUGUUUGUAUGAAAAUGUAAAACAGUCAUACACUAAUGCGCGUGUAUGUUUAAGCAUAGUGUGAGCUUGGUGUGCAACAGGAACAACUAAGCAUGAGUACGUGUUUUAGUGGUAACAUAAACACUAUAAUAUAUAUUUUUGAUAUUUCAACGACAUAAUUUUUAUGUUUAUGUUAGUUUAUCGUUCUCGUGCAUGCACGAUAAUGUAUGGGUAUAUAUAAUGAUAUUAUUUAAGUUAUGGUAUAGCUAAUUUUUUAAAUAGUUACGUUAGUUCUAUAAAAGAUUAUUCAAAGAAUAAUAAUAUGCCAUGAUAAAAAUGGGACAAAGUAACUAAUACGUCUCGCAGUAAGAACUAUCAAAGUGUGUUACUCACGAUAUUUAGUUUGACCUGUGAAUAAUUUCCCUCACGGUACUGUAGCUAGAAUUUAUGAUUUAGUUUUUAAUUUACCGAAACAAACAAUGCAGCGAAAAAGAAACGCCAAAUACAAACCACGAGUUGUCUCCCCUGGUACAAUCAGCGAUUCGAACCGAGAUUCAAACUCAGCAAGUCGGAGAUGUUGUCUCAGCACAACCAGGGUAAAGCCGGUUAAUGUUAUUGUCUCGCCAUACUUCCAAAGGAUACAAUCGCCCAGGAUGUUUUAAUCAUUUUCUGUUUUAUUUUUAUUUAUUUUGUUUGGUUGUUACAGAAGUAAGGUACUAUUAAACCGCUACCUUUGUUAAGCAUUUGACUCGGGUCUGUAUUGGUAUAGAUCACUAUGUUCACAGUGAGGGAGAUAUGGUUGUACCGGCUCUUAUAUCUGUCUCGUCGCAAUAAGUAAACUAAGAUGCGAAAGAUAAUACAUCCAUUAUAAAGCUCAGUCCAAAAACAAGGACAGAGACGUAUCUGCGUUGCUAUGCAUCACCAAUGGCUACCUACAACUCUGUGUUUCAACACUCAUUGAUACAGUUAUAAUUUUAAGCAGCUUGGCGUUUUUUGCCUCAUAUUAAGAAACCAAGCAGAUUGAUUUGCACAAAUAAGUGAAUAUAUUUCAACAUGGUCUUGACAUAUUUAUAUGGUUUCCAUGGGUCCGAACGCCAUAUUGUGUGCGGCGUAAAACCAUAAUCACUCGCUGUUGUGUCCGUCAGUUUGUUCAUUCAGGGUAAAACAACGACAGUGGAUUCAAAAGGUUCUUAUUUAUUUCUUUAUUUCAAAAGAAAGACGAAUAAAAGAUGUAAUA